GUUGCCCGUCCGUGUCCUUUGAGUCCGUGUCGUGGUUUGAUCUGUAGUCGAUGAUGCGCUGCGUGGUGUGCUUGUUUCCAAAUUCUGCGACAAAUACAAUGACAAUUACAAAAAAAUCGCUCCAGUCUAUUGCUUGAAAGAUUGUAUCUUUUCUCAGUUGACCAAUUUUAGCUUUUUGCUAACAAAAUCUGCAAAAAUGGCUCAGCAAGGAAGCGUCAAAUUCUUCAACUCCGAGAAGGGCUUCGGUAUUGACAAAACUUGGGUUAUCAGUGAUGCGACGGAGUUUUUGACCGGUCGCUCUUAUGCCGAGCGACUGAGUAUGAUGAUUUUUCCCAGUUGUUCUGCCCAGGCCUGCGGGUAGAUGUGCAUUGAAAAAUAAAUUGAACAAAUCAAUAAAUCAGGCUUCAUCACGCCGGACCAGGGUGGCGAGGACAUCUUCGUUCACUUUUCCGCCAUCGAGUCGCAGGGAUUCAAGAGCUUGAACGAUGGUAUAAAAUUGCAACGGUCUGAUGGUUGAAAAUUGACAGUUGCACAUGCAAAUUACUAGCGAAGAACAAGAUCAGGGUAUUUAUUUCGGUAUUGUAGUUUCUCUAAUACACCCGUGCCAUGCCGACAACGAAAAUAUCCAACCCAACUCAGGUGAAACCGUGAACUUCGACACUAUUUGGGACGACCGCAAGCAGAAGUCUUGCGCCGCCAACGUGACAGGGCACGGAGAUGGUGUCCCGCGCGAAAAGGGCGGAAAGGGAAAGGGCAAGGGAUUCGGCGGAAAGGACCAGGGAUACGGCGGCGGCUACUGGUAAAUCACUUCGCUUGACGCGGAAAUGCGGAAGAAGCGUGUUAACUACGGUUUUUCGGAAAUUUUCACCCGUCGAUGAUGUGAAUGUGAUAUGGGAGCUAAAUGGAAAAAGUAAUGUGAUCUCUUGCAUAUGUGUUGAAAGAGGCUAGAUUUUGAAAAAACACUUACCGAGCUGCAGUCUCGCCAUCGUGAAGAAGUUGCGAGCACUGUGUGCGAGCGACCUCUUGCGAGAGUGUGCUUGUAGUUUCGGGAUCUGUUUGAUCGAAGUAAAAGCUACUAAUGUUUUUAUGUUUUCAAAUUAAAGAUGCAUCAAUGAAUACUUCCUUUUCUUUUUCUUCACUACUACUUACUCAACAAAAUGGCAUUGAAAAUACGAACAACAGAGGGGUCAACUAAACACUAUUCAAUGGCACGGCGUUACCGUCUGAAAGACGGAUAGUCACCGAUAGUAAUAGUGCUUUUAUGGCACUCGUAUACUGAAGUGGGGUGUGAGAGCCCCCAUGACUUGGAUAGUGUUUUUGAUUGUGUAUUGGAGUGAAAAAAGAAAUUGAUGAGAAGAAAUGGAUGCCCUCGCUGUUCAGCUUCUUCUGCGUUUUCUUCUUUGCGAGAGAAACAACGGAGAAACAAAUCCCAUCCCGAGAGGACUCAUGACCAGCAAAUGCGCAGCGUUUGUUGACAGAUGUUUUCUUUUGUAUCAGACUGCUCGUGCCUUAGAUCUUCGAGACGCU